CUCCUUCCCUUACUGCUGUGAGCUCAGAGCAGUGGGACAAAGUGCACGGGACAAGGAGAGCAGCUGAGGGAAGCCAUGGGCUCUGGAGGAGUGAGGCUCCUGGGGAAUGGGUGGCCUCUGCCUCUACUGCUUCUUCUCAUCGUGGGAGGCAAGGCUCUGGACUCUUCACCCCAGAUCCUAGUUCACCCCCAAGACCAGCUACUUCAGGGCUCUGGCCCAGCCAGGAUGAGUUGCAGAGCCUCGGGCCAACCACCUCCCACUAUCCGCUGGCUGCUGAAUGGACAGCCCCUCAGCAUGGCGACCCCAGACCUACAUUACCUUCUGCCUGAUGGGACUCUCCUGCUACAUUGGCCUGUUGUCCAGGGACGGCCCCAAGAUGACCAGAAUAGCCUCUCAGCACUCCUGGGUGUCUACACAUGUGAGGCCAGCAACCGGCUGGGCACAGCCGUGAGCCGGGGUGCUAGGCUGUCUGUGACUGUCCUCCAGGAGGACUUCCAGAUCCAGCCUCGGGACACAGUGGCCGUGGCGGGUGAGCCGUUGGUUCUUGAGUGUCAGCCACCCUGGGGCUACCCAAAUCCUUCAGUCUCGUGGUGGAAAGAUGGGAGACCCCUGGUCCUACAGCCAGGGAGGCACACAGUGGCUGGGGGUUUCCUGACGGUGGCAAGAGCAGAGAAGAAUGACACGGGAAUCUAUAUGUGCAUGGCCACCAACAAUGCAGGACAACGGGAGAGCCGAGCAGCCAGGGUGUCUGUCUGGGAGUCACAGAAUCACAAGGAAUAUUUGGAACUUCUGGCUGUUCGCAUCCAACUGGAAAAUGUGACCCUGCUGAACCCGGAACCCGUGAAAGGCCCCAAACCUGGACCAACUGUGUGGCUCAGCUGGAAGGUGAGCGGCCCUGCGGCGCCUGCUGAGUCCUACACGGCCUUGUUCAGGGCCCAGAGGACCCCCAGGGACCAGGGAUCUCCAUGGACAGAGGUGCUUCUGGGUGGCUUGCAGAGCGCAGAGCUUGGGGGCCUCCGCUGGGGCCAAGACUACGAGUUCAAAGUGAGACCGUCCACUGGCCGGGCUCGAGGCCCCGAUAGCAAUGUGCUGCUCCUGAGGGUGCCAGAACAAGUGCCCAGUGCCCCGCCUCAAGAAGUGACCCUAAAGCCUGGCAAUAGUAGCAUUCUUGUGAGCUGGACUCCACCACCUCCUGAAAACCACAAUGGUGUCAUCCGUGGCUACCAGGUGUGGAACCUGGGCAAUACCUCACUGCCCGCUGCCAACUGGACUGUCGUGGGUGAACAGACCCAGCUGGAGAUCUCCACACGAGUGCCAGGCUCCUACUGUGUACAAGUGGCUGCAGUCACUAGUGUCGGGGCCGGAGAGCCCAGUAGCCCUGUCUGCCUCUUUUUAGAGCAGGCCAUGGAACAGUCGGCUCGAGACCCCAGUAAACAUGCUUUCUGGACCUUGGAUCAGCUGAGGGCCACCUUGAGACGGCCAGAAGUCAUUGCCAGCGGUGCUGUCCUGCUCUGGCUGCUGCUACUAGGCCUUGCUGUGUGUAUCUACAGACGCUGCAAAGCUCGGGUGCACCUGGGCCCAGGUCUGUACAGAUACACCAGUGAGGAUGCCAUUUUAAAACACAGGAUGGACCACAGUGACUCCCCGUGGCUGGCAGACACCUGGCGUUCCACCUCUGGCUCUCGAGACCUCAGUAGCAGCAGCAGCCUCAGCAGUCGGCUGGGCGUGGACCCUCGGGACCCACUGGACGGCAGGCGCUCCUUGAUCUCCUGGGACCCCCGGAGCCCUGGCGUGCCCCUGCUUCCGGACACCAGCACUUUUUACGGCUCCCUCAUCGCGGAGCAACCCUCCAGCCCUCCAGUGCGGCCAAGCCCCCAGACACCAGCUGCUAGGCGCCUUCCAUCCAAGUUGGCCGGAACCUCCAGCCCUUGGGCCAGCUCAGAUAGUCUCUGCAGCCGCAGGGGACUCUAUUCCCCGCGCAUGUCUCUGGCCCCUGCAGAGGUUUGGAAAGCCAAAAAGAAGCAAGAGCUGCACCAAGCCAACAGCUCCCCACUGCUCCGGGGCGGCCACCCCAUGGAAAUCUGGGCCUGGGAGUUGGGAAGCAAAGUCUCCAAGAACCUUUCGCAGAGCCCAGGCCCAAAGUCUUGCUCCCCAGAAGUCAUCCCCCGAACUGUGGUAGCCUGGCGCGCCCCAGGACCACAAAUUCAACGCAACUCGAAUGAGCUAGCAACUCGUCCACUCCCUCCGACACCCCUUUCUCCUUGUGGAACCCCCAGUCCCGAUCCACAGACUCAGUGUGUGGAGAAGCCCCAAGCUCCCUCCUCUGAUCCACGGCCAGCAGCCCCUCUCUCCAUCCUUAACUCUUCCAGGCCUGCCAGCCCCCAGGUCUCUUUCCUCUCUUGUCCCAGCCCAGCUUCCAGCAACCUGUCCAGCUCCUCACUGUCAUCGUUAGAGGAGGAGGAUCAGGACAGUGUACUCACCCCCGAGGAGGUGGCCUUGUGUCUGGAGCUCAGUGACGGGGAGGAAACACCCAGGAACAGUGUAUCGCCUAUGCCAAGAGCUCCUUCGCCCCCAGCAACCUAUGGCUAUAUCAGUAUCCCAACAUCCUCAGGACUGGCAGACAUGGGCAGAGCUGGUGGGGGGGUGGGGUCUGAGGUUGGGAACUUAUUGUGCCCACCUCGGCCCUGCCCAACCCCUACCCCCAGCGAGGGCUCCCUGGCCAAUGGUUGGGGCUCAGCUUCUGAGGACAAUGCUCCCAGCGCCAGGGCCAGCUUGGUCAGCUCUUCUGAUGGCUCCUUCCUUGCAGACGCUCACUUUGCCCGUGCCCUGGCAGUGGCUGUGGAUAGCUUUGGUUUUGGUCUGGAGCCCAGGGAAGCUGACUGUGUCUUCACUGAUGUUUCCUCACCGCCCUCCCCUCGGGAUGACCUCUGCCUGACCCGAAGUUUCUCUCUGCCUCUGUGGGAGUGGAGGCCAGACUGGCUGGAGGAUGCUGAGAUCAGCCACACCCAGAGGCUGGGGAGGGGGCUGCCUCCCUGGCCUCCUGACUUUAGGGUCCCUUCCCAGCGAAGUCAGCUCAGUGGUGCUGUACCCAAGACUGGUGAUUCCUCCUGAAUUGUCCCUGAGAUAGCCAGAAGAGCAUCCAGACCAUUCCCCUGUCUGUCCCCAGGCCUUCCCAUGGGUGUAGGUCUUGGCCUAUGCUUCUCUGUAGUAGAGGUUCAUUAUCACUGGGCUUCUGGAGAGUUCUGUCACUGGGAUUGUUAAAACAAAAGAAAGCAAAACAAACUACGAUCUCGGGAGACUUGGAUUCCCACUGAGAACAAGACAUCAUCAUGACAUCAGGUUCUCUCCUCACAACCAGGGCAUUUGCCCUAAGUGAGCCUGACUCUUGAUCUCCCGUCCAUGUGGAUAUUAGGGAGAAGAGAAGCCAACAGUGUCUUCAUGAAGGACAGAAAUGGCUGUUGGAGAGGGCUAUGGUGGAGGACACUUAGGAGCCUUCUCAUCUCCCUGGACUAUGCACUUAGAGGCCAACUCAGUCCUUUUCUCAGCCACACCAGGCAAGGAAAGUAAAGGAGGAAGGUCAUGGACACAGCGGGUCCUAUCCAGUAUCGCAGCUAAGACUUCAAAGUUGCAUUAAUGGAGCAGAGUGAAGGAAAAGAAUCAGGAGAACUUGGAACCAAUGCACCAUCCUUAUGCCAUUGUCACUGUGAGCUUCAGAAACGUGAUUCUAUAAAACUAUAGACUUGA